GCACCUUCUACUCCUACAUUUUCUCAUCAUUUGUAUAAAUCCUCACUUUUCUUCAAAAAGAUUUUAAUACAACAAUGGGAGUGAUCACUUACGACGUAGAGAGCCCUUCGUCCAUCUCGGCUGCCAAGCUGUUCAAGGCCUUGGUGAUCGACUCUGACACCCUCAUCCCGAAGAUCUUGCCUCAGGCCAUCAAGAACGUGGAGAUCUUGGAAGGGGAUGGCGGCGUUGGAACCAUCAAGGUUGUCCAUUUUGGCGAAGGGAGUGAGUACAAGAGCGUCAAGCAACGCGUGGAUGCCAUUGACAAGGACAACUUCACCUACACCUACAGCAUCAUCGAGGGCGAUGAUGCCAUUUCAGGGCUCAUCGAAUCCAUCACCUAUCAUAUCAAGAUUGUCCCAACCGAAGACGGAGGAAGCAUUUGCAAGAAUAGAAGCAUUUACAACGUCAAGGAGGGUGCUGAUGUUAGUGAGGAGAAGAUCAAGGAGGGGAAAGAGAAGGCCCUUGGUUUGUUCAAGGCUAUUGAGGCUUACAUCGUGGCAAACCCCGACUACUAGAAGAGACGAGACGGGUUGCGUAUUUUAUUUUAGUAAUAUACUUUUUUUUCGAUGAUGAUGUCAUUUUAUACACGUGGUAUUGUGUUGUGGAUCGAUGAGGGGUUGUAAUUUGAAAUAUAAAUUGUGUGUGAGACUAUGGCUUAAUUGCCUAGCUAAAAUGAUAUUGGUUUUACGUGUGUGGUUUUUUGAACUUGUGUUGAGUGAAUAAUAUUGUUUGUAUUGAA